UGGUUUCUCUGAAAACGAUUAAACUAAAGAGAGAUGAAGCCCAGCUGGUGAGCCAGGCCGACAGCGGAGAGCGUCGCCAGUGGCCUCCCCCCGGCAAAAGCAGAGACCAGGCAUUUUAAUCGGCGCAAAAUGUCCCCCGCACAAACUGUUCGCUCACGGCCUCAGAACAAUGGCGAUCUGUUCGGUCCCCUCCCACUCGCCGUAGCUGCUAUAGCGGUCCCGCUCCUCUCCCUCUGCAUGCCGUCGCCACUAUAACUUUGCCGCUGAGUCCCAGAUUCCCAGCUAUAUAUAGAAUUGACCUCUCCUCGCCCUCGUCUCCCUUCUAUUUACUCUAUUACCGACGUGUAUCCAUGGACGGCGAUGGGAAAGCCGACGCCGGCCUCCUCGAGCGGAGCCGGCGGAUCAAGAUGGCGGCCGAGGUCGGACUCGCCCGCUCCUCUCCCGGCCGCCACUGGAGCCGCGAGCUCCUCCGCCGUCGCCUUCUGGACAACAAAGAGGAGACGACGUGCGAGGCGGCAGCGUCGUCGUUGGGGGUGGAAAAGCCAGAGGAGGAGCUGGUGGAGGCUCGAGUGAGGACUCUGCAGCGGCUGGUCCCCGGCGGCGAGGACCUCGGCGUGGAGAGCCUGUUCGAGGAGACGGCCGACUACAUCGAGGCGCUGCGGGAGCAGGUGAGCGCAAUGCGGGCGUUGGCGUGCUUGCUCCAUGGCUUCCAAAGGACAAGAGGCGGAGCCGCAGAGGGCGAUGAUGCAACGAAAACAGAGUUUAGAGAGACUAAAUGACAGAGUAAUAAUUCUUAGCUCGACCUAAAUUAUCACCAUGAUUCCCCGUCUCUGACGCUCCUCAAAUAGCAAAACACAUAUUGUGUUUCCAAUUUCCAGAAAUGAAAAUUUUUCAGAA